AUGUACGUCAUCGAAGUCUUCGUCGACAAUGACGGGCAAGAAGGUGCUCAGGUUACGUUUCUCACGGAGAAGAGUAACGAGCGCAUCGCUAUAUCCCUUUUCAAAUGCAAUGCGACAGAAACUCAGAUGAACAUGGGUCCUGAAAACGCCCACAUAAUUGACCGCACAGUUGAGCUCCUCGCCCGAUCCAUGGAUGCAGAGGAUGAAGAUGAGGCAGAUGCUCUGCAGGACGAGGCUUUAGAUGUUAUCUACGCGGUAGCUGGCUCCCUCGACCAAGAUGGUGGAGCAUCAGAAGAGUCUAUUCAACUACCAAAAGAAGUUAUUUUGCACAAUCUGCUGUUUCCGAAAACAUCCUUCUACCGGCUUGAGGAGGUGGCUGGCGAGCUUACCAUGGUCCCUAUCUCACCAGACGAAGCAUACGGACCAACAUACAACGAGGACCAGGACCAGAACAUACCCAAAAUUGAUAACGAAAUUUUUAUCGACUCUUCGCUCCCAUCCUACCUACCUGAACAGGUUAAGGUAGUUCAGCAGCUUGUUUCUGGUGGAGUUGUUUGGGGUGAUGCAAAGCCGAGCAACGUGGUUAUCGACUUAAGCAACGAUGCGUGGUUAAUCGACUUUGGAGGUGGUUGGUCAGAAGGCUGGGUGGAUGAGAACUUGCAGAAUACUGUGGAAGGGGACCAGCAAGCAGUUACGAGGAUUCUGGAGUUCCUGGACGUCAAUACAUCCGACAUGUCGAGUACAUUGGAAGAAUAUCAACUGGGCCCCGACCUCCGCUUACGGACGAGCUCCACUCAGCACUCACGGACAAGUGGUACCUGCAGGACCAGCAACACUGCGCUAACACAGCGCGGCAGUGUACCGGCAGCGUGUGCUAUUGGCCACGUUGGUGGGAUCGCUGCCCAGCUACAAAAGAACCAGUGUAACAUGGUCGAAGAAAACUUAAACGACCUCGGUCCAUUCUGGGAGGAGGCCGUUAAGGCCUACGAGCGCGAGUCCGAACAUCCGCUGAAGCUCGACUCAGAGGAGGCCCAGCUGCACAAUGCAGAGGACCUCCUGCGCCUGAUCGAAAAGAGGGGCGGCGACUUCACCUCGUUUCGGGAGAGGCACAACAAAUUGUGGUCAAGGCUGCAGCGUUUCGUCAAUCCCAUCGCGACAACAGGGAAACUUGUUAGCACCAUUCUGGGUUCUUACAACCCGCUUGGGGCCCCUGCGUCUAUUGUGUUGACGAGCGUUCUACACCUCGUCUCGGGCGUGACGCAGGCGUACGACUGGAUAGAGAACAUUUUGUCCGACGGCGAGCUUGGGGAAUUCUGUGUGCGACUUCAAAUAUACGGGGAAAACCCAAUAAACAAUGCGCUCAAACGUAAGAUUGUCGCAAUCUUGGCCUUUAUCCUGCGCAUCAUAGGAAGGUCGGAGCUAUUGAUCAAGAGGAAUAGAUUUCGUGAAUAUCUCCGAGUCUCAUUCAUCGGCAAGGACGAAAAGACACGUGCUCUCGUGGAAGACCUCAACAAGCUCCUGACGAACGAGCAACGUCUUGUCGUUGCACUGACCUAUGAGAAAGUCACGGACGCGGCGAGGCUUGGAGCCGAGACCAAGGUGACGGUUGAGGAGUUCAAGGAGGAUUUCAAACAGCUGUCCACUGCGGUUCAGGCAAGCACGAAAUUGCAGGCCGAUGCUCGACUCAUUGAGAACCUACAACAUACGCUCAAGACGACUGCCGUAGCCAGUACUGAUGAUUGGUACUCUUGGUUCCGGAGAAAAUUGCUCCAAGGGAGUGGCUCAUGGCUUCAAAACGAAGGAUUCUUUGCUUACUGGAUGCAGCAUCGGGCUCCCAUUCUCUGGGUCUUCGGAGGACCCGGGUCAGGCAAAACUAUGUUGUCCACGUGGCUCGUCUCACUGCUCCACGAACAAUUCGAGUCCAAGUCAGAGACGUACUCCGGGACUUCGAUCGGUUACUUCUUCAUCAAAGAGAACGUUGAGGAUCUCCGGAACCCCAAUAAUAUCUUCAAGACGAUGGCUUGGCAGAUACAACAGACGGAUGCUAUGUUCCGGAAUCACGCUGCCAGAUCUUGUGAGUUUGACCACAAGGUAGUACGCGCCGAGGACACAUGGGAGAACCUGUUUCUGGAUUACUAUCAAGGCUCACUGAGCGACGACCGCCGGGCUAUUCUGGUACUCGAUGGUCUAGAUGAGGCCAGCGUCGAUGCGCAGAGAAGGAUCCUGCGCCUCAUGAAAGAUUAUGUUUCCCGCGUGCGGAGCGGCAUGCCCCAUCGGAUCCAACUCGCUGUCUUCGGGCGAUCGACGUUGAGAUCAGAGCUGAAGCGCGUCAAGCUCGACCGGGAGGAGAAGAUAAUCGAGGUGUCGCCGUCGAAGAACCACCAAGACAUGAGCAACUACAUCAUCAACCGGGUGAAGGAACUUGACAUAGUCAAAGCCAUGAGGCGCAAAACGCCGGGUGGACAGGAGAAGGCUAGGAAAUUCGCUCGUGGUAUCCGCCGAAAGGUAUUGGAUGGUGCUGGCGGGGUGUUCCUCUGGGCACAGUUGCUCCUUGACCAGAUGGAAGCCAAGGACGAGUCACAGAUCAACAAAAUUCUUGCCAGCCCUCCCCUGAACCUGUACGAUAUGAUAUACUCGGUGUUUGACAGGCUAUCUCGAGACCCAGAGAUUGAUGUGGAGGUGGCUAACAGGCUACUUGCCUGGGUGGCCUUCGCCAGGCGGCCGCUCAAUUUUGGUGAACUGGACGUUAUACUUAGACUUGGCUCCACACAGACAAAUUGGUUCCUAUGGAAUCAUGUACGGGGGAAGUUCGCCUCCAUGUUUCGCCUUCGAUAUCCAAGUAAUUGGAGUGCCGAACAGGUUGAUGGUGAUGACGAUAAUGGGAGCGCUUCUUCGGACGCUGGCCAGGAGCAAUCGACGUCGACUGAAGACGAAAACGACGAUAAUCUCAGCCUUGGUGAUUCUAGCGAUGAAGACAUUGUUGACGAGAAAGAGGUAGCUAACGAUGGGAACUCUGACGGUGGUGGGAUUGAGGAAGCCAGGUAUCAUUCUGAAGUUCACAAGGUCUCCGACGCCGAUCAACUAUACACUUGGGCCCAAAAGCACACCGUGAUAGAUUUCAGCCAUCAACGCUUCCGUGACUUCCUCGUCCUAGAAGGCAACCCAGAGAAGCGCCUCAAAGGACCAUUGCCGAUCGGCAUCGAUAUUCACAGCGUUGACUUACAGCUGGUAAUGGAAGGCUUCAAGGUUCUCCAUGCCGCACUGGAUAAUGAAACGUUUGUUGAGAACUACGUUGCAUACCCAGCGUUCCACAUAUUCAGUCACCUCGCUGCUGUAGAUGAGAGACGCCUGGAUGACGUUGCGAAAGCCCACAUCUUGGAAGAGCUUUACUGGUUAAUGUACGAGGAACGCGGUUGCCGAACUCUCUUCGCCGCUCUUGCUGGGCGCGAUAAUGGGGAAUGCGACACCUUCUGGGAGUUGUGGUUGGCGAACAAGCGCACAACAUCCCUCUUACAGCGUUGGUUUGCAAUGGCAGACAGCCUUCAAGGUAUAAGCCCAAUCAAGAGGUCCUGGAUGCGAGACGUUUCGGCAUCCGUGCCUAAACUUCUGGAGCCCCUCGCAAUGACGGCGGCAAAGAUCUGGCUAACCAAAAAGGGAUGGGGAGACGCGGCCUUUCUGGACAAAUCUGAGUUCCAGGUAUGGUUCUUGAAAGGCUACAGAUCACUGGACGAGCAGGGCAACAUAUCGAAACAACUGUCGAACUGGAUAUGGGCCCGGGACAGUCAAUUCGGCUUUAUCAGUGCCGACGAGAUUGAAGACCUCGCGGAAUGGGCACAGCUCCCUAAGAUGACCCACUGGUAUACAGGUCUGGGUUGGAUAUUGUGGGAAGCGUCCGAGACAGCUCGUGCUCAGAAUGUCUUAGCCCAGGCGAUUGAAUUGGACCCCGACGCUUGGGUAGCAAUGGAAGCCAUGGCACGAAGUAUAGGCAGCGAAGGUCAGUAUGAGAGUGCAAUAGCUUGGAUGGAAAGGGCACUUGAAGCACUCUACAAGACGGACGACAUCCCUGGAAUCGAUGCUUUCCUCAUUGCUCAUAUAGCGGGAUGGAAGCAAGAUCUGGGUGACCAUGCAGGUGCUUCGGAAUCGGCGAAGAUGGCAUGGGAAAAGAACCGAUCUAGCUUGCCCGCCGUGAACUCGUAUAUGCAAUCAUUAAUUCAGGCUGAGGACUGGAAGGGAGUCGUAUGCUUGCUCGAGUAUUAUGUGGAUUCGGACGAUGGUUACGGUGCCACGCAACUUGCCAAGUACUUUAGCGAGUACAACGAGCCAUGUUGGUGGCAAAUGGGACGUGCCUGUCGGGCCCAAAGCCAGCCUGGAUUUAUCCUCGAUGCUAUGAACCAGGCUUUGCAGCGUGUCAGACAGUCGGGCGACGAGUCUUCGUUGGUGGAGAAGUUGCUGUGCUUUGGGGAGUUCUGCCACCGAUUCUACGAUCAAGACGAUGAGCCUAUCCGCAUGUGGGAGGAGGCUCUGUCCCACUUGAGCAACGCCAGUACAGCCCUUCGACGUAGAUGGGCGGACGAAAAGAUGAUUUACACCAAUAUAACGGCGCAAGUGCACUUUGACAUUGCGGUCCAGAAUUACAAAGCCAACGCGGAGACAAAUGAAGCGAUGAUGAAAUUGAAGCAACUCGCGUCAACGACUUCCGUAGACCCCGACGGAGACGGGGAUGUAUUUUCGCUUUACACACCGGGGUUCCCUUCGCUGCUUUAUGGCCGCUGGCUUCGCGACUAUGAAAAGGCUGCGCCAGCUGUUUGGCGCAAGUGUUUCCGGGCCAGGAUCCUAGAGCAGAUGAAUGGCCUUUCUGACGAUGAUCCCGCCAACGACACUGCCGCGUGCCAACAGCUUGCCGUCAGCUUAUUUCAGGCCGGCGAUCGCAAGAACGCUGGACUUAUACUUGCCGUACUCUUUGGGACACUGGAGAAGUAUAUGGCUGAGAAGUCAGAAGAGAAUUACUCAAAGUCCCAUGUUUUAGAGGAGGAUGAUAGCAGUCACGCUGUGAAGGAAACCGACUCUGUCACGCCUCAGACAGAAAUGCCAGACUCCGACGAUUCACUAACGGACGGUGAUGAGAGGCCUCUUGUUGGUCCGAACAAUUGUGUAGUAAAGGGGCGCGAUACGGUGGAAAGAAAGGGGCAGGCUUCCAGCCUAGCACUGCAGCUCGAGUCUGACGCGUGGAACUACACUUGUGACGGCUGCGGACUUGAUGCCGAGGAUGCGGGAACGAUGUUCUUCUGCGAAGUAUGCUACUGUGUCAACUUCUGCGCCACUUGCCUGGAUAAGGUCAGGGCUUCGAGUCUUGAAGAGCGGCGUUGUAAUCCUGGUCAUGCUUGGUUCCAAGCAUGGCCAAUCAAGGUGGAUCUUAACAUUAUAACGUCCAAUCCCUCAGGCGGGCGUUCAGGGCUGACGAGCGAGUGGCUAGGUGCCUUGCGCAAGGAAUGGCUAAACGAGUAG